UUUUUUCUUUUUUUUUUGAUCAAGCACAGCCUUUGAACUCUUUACUGUCUACUUUGUCAUGGCUGAAUGACAGCCACGCUGCUGUAAGAAAGAUUAUUGCUCUGAACAUAAAGAUGUGGCUGAUUCACAAUGAAUCUUCCUGAGCCUUUGGAAACUCCCAUGUCUGUUGACCUCAGAAGAAAGCUACUCUUUUCUGUAAGUCAGAACUUGAUCUCAAGCAGGAGUUGUGGACUCAUCCCACCACACCCAGUAGUUCCCGUCGAUCCAUGGAACAUAAAAGCCCCAGACUUCACCCCAAAACUGUACAGAUCUUCGGGUUUGCCUCAUAUCAAGAGCAAAAAUAUUCACCUGGUUAAAUCAAACAAUAGUGUAGAAGGAAAAUCUUUUAUUUGGGAAAAGAUUAAUGAUGUUACUCCUUCAAUAUUGCCUGGACUUGAGCAAAAGGCAUGUAAAGCACAACCAUUUAUCAAAUUUUACAAACCACCAGACUCACUAGAGUCGAAACUGCUGUUUGUGAGAGCAGGGAUGUAUCCAGUGGGGCCGUACAAAGAUCCAAAACCUCAUAACUUCAGACCUUGUGCUGAGGGAAUGCCGGAAAUGGUGUGUUCUUUAGAAAAGGAUCCUGGCUGCUUGAUCCUAAAGUCUCAGUGCCUAAAAGCAGUCAGUGACAGCCUUCCUGACCUGAACCCUUCUCACAGCGACACAGUGAGCCAAAUAGACACUUUCAAACCAGAAGAGCUUAAAUGGGACCAAAGACUCAUACUACAAAAGACGCCAUGGCCUCCAAAAUCUGCGUCUUAUACAAGACAUCGCCGCAGAAGAGGAGUAUAUAGUGCCUUAAUGGACCGAGUUGAAGAAAAGCUGACCAACUCCUGGAAGAAAUGAAUCUGUUUAAAGACAAAAGAAAGAAUUUUGUGUUGUGGUGUGCAGAUAAAGCUAGUUUAAACAUCAAUUUUCUGCUUUAUCUAAUGAGUCCUGCUGCAUGUUUUAUGGAGAACCCCACAUUAUUAUACACUUUUCUUGUCUUUUCUUUCUUUCUUGUCUUCAUUUUUAGUUUUCUUUUCUUUUGAUAGAUAGAUGAGUUACAAAUAGAGGAAUAUGUUUGUUUUUUUGUAUUGCAUAUACAAAAUAAAUCUUAGCACUGCAUUGAAAUACAUAAGCUACUUUUCAAACAAAAUGUUAGAAUUAUUAAUUAAAAAAGUAAAAAAGUAUAUAUGUAUAGAGAAAAAUAAACUAAAAAGACGAA